CUUGGUCUCUAUUGAGCCCAUUAGUUGCUUCGCGGACUCCUCUGCUAUCAGUGAAGCUUCUUUGUUCGUGGGCUCAAUUAUUUCACAUUGGACUUGGGCUUUUAAUCUAUAUAUAAAAAAACAUUAUCAUGUACGAAUUUGUGGUAGAUAAUUCCAAGGGUUAAGGAACAUUUUGUAGUCUCACACAAAAUGCAUGUGGUCUCUAAAACUUGACUGUCCAACUGUAGUGUGGGGAAAUUCUUAUCUGGAUUGAGGUUGCUCAGAUUUGAAUCAAUUAUACAAUAAGUGUAAUAAUGUAUUGUGUGAUUGAUGUAUAAUUCUAAUAUGUAUCACACUUGUCAUGUAAUUAAUUUGAUUUCCACCAAAUAUGAUUUAGAUGAGAAUUUUCCGUUUUGUGGAAUAGCAUGAAUGUGGCGUGCGACUGUUAUGUUAGUGUGCUGGCUUUUAAAUGGUGCCACCAUUUCUUGCCAAAAUUGGCGUUCCUCACGAUUUAUUGCUCCUUUCGUUUGCUACUAUAUAUAAACUGCUGAGUAAACGUUUCUUUUCUGUAUAGCCUUCUCAACUACACACAUAUACACACACAACAGACGGUGGUGGGAUGGGGUGGUGUUGGCGGCCGCUAUGUUGACAAGCGCGGUGGUCGGUGAGCUUAUCAAGGUUGGAGGAAGGGCAGGGUGGGCACAGAAUGUUAACUACACCGAGUGGGCUGCUGCUCGCCAUUUCUAUGUCGGCGAUUGGCUCUAUUUUGUAUUCGACAAGCGGUACUACACGGUGCUGGAGGUGAACAGAUGGAAUUACGAGCAAUGCAAUGAUUCGGAGUUCAUAAAGAACAUCAGUAGGGGUGGGAGAGAUGUGUUCAAUCUGACGGAGACGAGAGCUUACUAUUUCUUGAGCAGUGGAGGCUACUGCUACCAUGGAAUGAAGCUACGCAUUCACGUCCAAGAAUUCGUGCCACCUUCCCCUAUUAAUCCUUCUCCAUCAUCCGCCAACAAUGCAGCAGCCAUCUCCCCAGCAAAAAUCAACCAUAUUAAUGUUCUUCUCAUUCUUGUUCCUUGUCAUUGCUUGCUUUCGUCUUUGAUCUGCCGUCUUCAAAAUCGGUUACUAGCUUGGUAAUUAUUUGUUUGUAAGAAGCUAAAUGCCAAUCAUCAAACGGGAUAUAUAUCUAUAUGUAUAUGAAGAGUGUGUGACACUCAUUUUUAAGGUGGCGCUUUGAUUGAUACAAUUUUUUGUAAGGAUGAUUUA